UCGAUCAUAUUUUUAUGUUGAGAACACUGUAUGGUAUUUAAGGUAGUGCACAAGGUAACUCACAUCAGUCAGUUUGAAUACAACGUUCGUAAACACAUCGUUUUGUAACUUGUCUUCCAACGGUGUUCAUUAAAGUUGUCUUUCCUUUUAUAUUUUUCUUUUUAUAAAUUUUAUUCAAAAAUUUUCAAUUAAAAUCAAACAAAUAACAAUCUCGCGAUAUUUGUAAUAACGCAAAAUCUUUUUUAUCAACGUUAUCGACAUGAAGAACCCAAAGAAUUGGAAAUCAGCUGAUAAUGUUUUCAAAAAAUUUGACAUUAACGAAGACGGUGUCCUGGAUGAACAAGAAUUUAUCCUCCUAUGCAAAGAACUUUUCGAAGAAGAAAUUAUUGAUAAUAAAUGGAGAGUUGAAGACAUUUUUAAAAAGCUUCAUACGAAUGAAGAAAGUGGUUUGAAAGGAAAAGAUUGGGACAGAUGCUUUAAAAAAUGGAUACAACCAAUUGUAAAUCCUGUUAACGUAUUGGUAGUAGUUGAUGUACAAAACGAUUUUAUUCACGGAUCAUUAGCAUUACAUAAUUGUAAGAGUAAGCAUGAUGGUUAUGAGGUAAUAGAACCGAUCAAUAAUAUAUUGAGCAAAGUUGAUUGGAAUAAAGUUGUUUACACAUUGGAUUAUCAUCCUGAAAAUCAUAUUAGUUUUUACGAAAAUCUUCAUUUACGAGAACUUCAUCCAACGUCUCAAAUUAAACAAGAAAAAGCUGUAUUAUACGAUAAAGUAACAUUUUUAAAACCACACGUAAAACAAACAUUAUGGCCGAAACAUUGUGUAAUGGGCACACCGGGAUCAGAAUUACAUCAAGAUUUACAUAUAUUACCGAAAUCUAUACAAAUAUGUAAAGGUCAAAAUCCAGAUGUAGAAGCUUAUUCAGUCUUCACGAGAGAUAAUGAAGAAGCUUGUUCGGAAAUGGAGAGUGUUUUGUCGAAAAUCCAAGCAACCGAUUUAUACGUUUGUGGAUUGGCAUUGGAUGUUUGCGUUAAAGAAACUUGUCUUGAUGCAUUGAAACUUGGAUAUAAGGUUAUCCUUAUCGAAGAUUGUUGUCGUGGUAUCGAUAACGAUGAAAUAAUAAAAGCUAAAAAUGCUAUUGUGAAAAAUGGUGGUUUAAUUAUUAAAAGUGAAGAAGUUUAUACUUUUGUCAACGAUUGGAAACGAAGUUUAAUACUUGCUCAUCAUGCUGCGAAUAAACUUUCGGAAAAGAUUUCUUCUCAAUCUUCUUCCAACUUGUUUAGUAUCAUUAUGUACAGGUCUUGCACUACCAGCCCAAAUCCAUAAAAGACCAGGAUUCAAACCACCCGUCCAAAAAUGUUUUCCUUUUAAUUUCGCAUUUCCUUGUAUAUGCGAUAUUACAUCCUGA